UUACAUGCGCACCCUAAAAAUUCCUUAUAAAAAAAUUCCCAAAAAUUCCCCACCAAAUUUACAGUGCAUACUCCGCCAAUUCUCAUAAGUCCAAGAUCGAAUAGUGCUUGAAAAACCCUAUAGGAAUACAUAGCAAAAAUAGUACUUGGAAAACCCUAAGGAAUAAGUAGCAAAUCAGUUUAAACGCCACCGCUGCUCCAAUCCCUCAAUUGCUGCUUCUAUUUCUACGUUUGCUUCAUCCUUGGUUGCUGCUCUUCUAUUGCUUUUAGAAUUGUGGUGCUGAUUCAACUAAAAAUCAUUGUUGACUAGAAAUUUUGAGGAAGCAGAUAGAUACUGAACAGUUACUCGUUUGUUGGUGUGGAUUUUCAGUCUUUGGCUGACCUGAUGCAACAUGGCAAGAAGCGUGUUAGAGUCUGAACUUCAGAAUCGUCAAAGUUCCGGAGAAACAGCAGAUGAUGCAUUUAGGGCUGUGUUUGGAAAGGAGCAGCCUGGUCGGGUUAGAUGCUAUGGUAGAUCGGUGACGACAAGCUCUCUGAAAAAAGAUGAAGAAAUCGCCAAGCUUAAACAAAAGCAUGCCAACGAAAUGACUUCUCUGAAACAAGAAAUGAAGGAAAUGUUGAGAGAAGAAAUGCGAUCUUUUCUUAGUCAAGUGGUGCAAAACAACCAUGAGCUGAAUUUUCAUGAUAUACAAAGAUGUGCUGGAUCUAAUAUUCCUUCACCGGUUGAUGCACGUAGUGCACGAGCUAUAAGAGGCCAAAAUCUACCACAUUCUUCUGGCUCAACUCAUGCUCCGAAUCUUGAAAAGGAAAAUGCGGAUGAUGCAAUUGGAAAUGGUGGCCACAAAUGAAUUUGAUCUAUUGAUGCGAAUGAUGAAGAUUUUUUGAACGAUUGUGACGUUUAUUAUUAUAAAUACAUUCGGUUUUGAAUAGUUCAUUGCUAGUGAACUUCUUGAUGUAGUAGUGCUUUAUUAGUAUGGGUAUAGUACUAUGCAAAUUAUAUUUUUUGUUGAAGUUUAUUUCAAGUAUAUGUAUUUGAAUAAUUUUUUAUUC